AUGGUUGACAUCUGCAUAAGUUGUCGGACUCGGGACAACUCUAAAGCGACGCUAUUUCAACAAGCUGGAUUACCAGCGCACCUCUGCGCACUUCCCCACUCAACAACUCCAUCAUCUCACGCCAUGCACCCCUCGUCUACAGAGCGCAGCAAGCCUCAACUCAAAGAGCAAGAGACUCUCUCAUUCAGCCUCCAUCGCCACCCAGAACCCACCGCCGCACUCCACACCCUCUCAAUCCGCUUACAACAAGCCGCCAUCGUCGCCUUCGCCCUCGCCGCGCAAUCCUGCGUCACCUACCUCACCAUUCACGGUUUCUUCGUCGUCGGGCCCUACAGGUCUCACAUUAGUCUUUGGCAGGCGAUUGCCACGGAGGGUCUGAAUGUCGGCAAUGCGGUGCAGGCGAUGGUGCUUCUCGCGAUGCCGGUGGUGAUGGCGGGGUCGCUUGUGUAUAUGGUGUCGAGCGUGUGGCGGAAGUUGGAGGAAGAUCUUGUGGCGCGGGUUAGGCUUUCGUAG